AUGGAGCGCGCUCACACCACAGAGGCUCGUCUGGGCUCUCUGUCAGAAGAGGAGCAAGGCAGGCAGCCGCACAGCCACGAUAGGACACGUACCAACGCCCUCACAACCAGGGUGAGUGCGGUGCCAGCAAACAAGCAUAAAAAGAAAGUGAAGACGGUAAAGAAGGCGUGGCACGCAGAACACAUGGUACGCAGCUCGGAGCCCCAGUGUACUGCCAGGAGCCACCAGAGAGUUACCAAGCCGCCGGUGGCACAUUUGAGUGAGCGGCUUCUCCUACAAGUGGUCUGUCAGCAGCAGCAGCCCCGCAAGAUUCCCUCUCCACGCCUCUUGGGUCACCAGGGCGAAAAGCCGACUGAUGCGGCAACGGGCGCCAUCUUGCCGCCCAUGAGCCUGGAGGCUGCCACGCUUGUAGGGAGGGAGGACACUGAGCCUCCCCAAACACCUACCACCCUUCCAGCAACGGAGUCCCAUCUGGUGGGUGAACUUGGAAGAAACUCCACUCCGGUAGUGAACUACCAACAUGUCCUGGCCUUGGUAUUUGCUGUAAAAGAAAUCAAUGAGCAUCCCAAGAUCUUACCCAAUAUCACUUUGGGCUUCCAUAUUUAUGAUAGUUUCCACAAUGCAAGAAUUACCUAUGAGACCACCCUGAGACUGCUUUCCGCACAACACAGAUUUGUUCCCAACUACAAUUGUGACAUCCAGGACAAACUGAUAUCGGUCAUUGGUGGACUUAGCUCUGAAAUUUCUUUUUAUAUGUCUGUCAUCUUAGAUAUCUACCACAUCCCACAGCUUUCCUGCGGUUCAUUUGUCACCAUACAGAGUGAAAAAAGAAAAUUUCCCUCCCUAUAUUGGAUGAUCCCAAAUGAAACCCAUCAGCACAAGGGAAUUGCCAGCUUACUACUGCAUUUCAGAUGGUCAUGGGUUGGGCUUAUUGCUCUGAAGGAUGACAAUGGGGAAACGUUUCUGCAGAGCUUGAUAUCAACAUUUUCUCAUAGCGGAAUCUGUGUUGCUUUCAUACAAAGACACCCAGAAGUAAAUAUUAUAUCUGAUAUCAUUGAUGUGAUGGGAAAGUGGGUUGAAAUGUAUUUAGUCCUCCUUCACAGCAAAGCCAAUGUCAUCGUUGUCCAUGGAGAGUCUCAAACCAUGUUUUCACUGAGACGGUUACUGUAUGCAAGAGAAGAGGAAUCGUCGGCAAAAAACACUCUUGGAAAAGUGUGGAUUGUGGCAGCCCAGUGGGGUUUUUCAUCUGUGACCUUUCAAAGGACAAAUGAUAUACAAGAUUUCUAUGGGGCCAUCACUCUCCCAGUUCAUACAAAGGAGAUACCAGGAUUCCAAAAAUUCCUACGAAACAGGAAUCCGUCUGUGACAAAAGGAGAUGGUUUCAUCCAACACUUCUGGCAGCAAGCAUUUGGGUGUUCAUUUCCAAAUUCUGAUGUAGAUCCAACUAGUGAAAAAAGGUGCACUUGGGAGGAGAAGCUGGAAAGUCUUCCUGGGCCCCUAUUCGAAAUGAGCAUGACUAGCCACAGCUAUAGUAUCUACAAUGCUGUCUAUGCUGUGGCACAUGCUUUGCAUGCCAUGCAUGUAUCCAGAGGCAAGCACAGAGUCAUACUUAAUGAAAGGAGGCUGCUGAAUCAGAAGGUGAAGUCAUGGAAGCUGCAUCCCUUUUUAAGCAGGAUCUCAUUCAACAACAGUGCCGGAGAUUCAGUGUCUUUUGAUGAGAAUCGAGAAUUAGCAACUGGGUUUGAUAUAAUCAAUUUGGUCACUUUCCUAAACAACUCUUUUGUUAGAGUAAAAGUUGGGAAGCUCAGUCCUCAAGAUCAUUCAGGCAAAGACUUCACCAUCCAUGAUGACAAAAUCCUCUGGCACAGGAGCUUUAACCAGGUGUUGCCCGUUUCUUUGUGUAAUGACAACUGCCUUCCAGGUUUCAGAAGGAAAAAGAAGGAAGGGGAGCCAUUUUGCUGUUAUGAUUGUGAUCCAUGUCCGGAAGGGGGGAUUUCAAAUCAAAAUGACAUGGAUUUCUGUAUCAAAUGUCCAGAAGAUCAAUAUCCAAACAUGGACCGAGAUCUAUGUGUCCUCAGAGUUGUCACCUACCUAUCUUACAAAGACUUUUUGGGUGAAAGUCUUACUUUUUCUUCCAUUUUUUUCUCUCUGGUCACAAUACUGAUUCUGAGACUCUUUGUUAAACACCGGGAAACCCCCAUAGUCAAAGCUAACAACCGGAAUCUCACCUUCACUCUCCUCAUCUCCCUCCUGCUCUGCUUCCUUUGUCCAUUACUGUUCAUUGGCCAACCUAAGAAGGUGACUUGCCUUCUUCGACAAACUGCUUUUGGCAUCAUCUUCUCAGUGUCCCUCUCCUGCGUGUUGGCAAAAACCAUCAUUGUUGUCCUCGCUUUCAUGGCCACCAAGCCAGGGAGCUGGAUGAGGAAAUGGGUGGGGAAAAGACUGGCGUACACCAUCAUCUUUAGCUGCUCCUUUAUACAGUUGAGUAUUUGUGCUCUUUGGCUUCACACCUCUCCUCCAUUCCCACAUUUGGACUUGCACUCCUUUUCAGAAGAAAUCAUAAUGGAAUGCAAUGAAGGUUCCAUCCUCAUGUUUUACAUUGCCUUGGGCUACUUGGGAUUUCUGGCCAUCCUGAGCUUCAUUGUGGCUUUCCUGGCCAGGAAGUUGCCAGACACUUUCAACGAAGCCAAGUUCAUCACCUUCAGCAUGUUGGUAUUUUGCUGCGUCUGGCUGACUUUUGUCCCAACCUACCUGAGCACAAAAGGAAAGUAUAUGGUGGCUGUGGAGAUCUUCUCCAUCUUGGCAUCCUCAGCUGGGUUACUAUGUUGUAUCUUCUUCCCAAAAUGCUACAUUAUUAUACUGAGACCUAAGCUGAAUAAUAGGGAGAGACUUGCAACAAGAAGGACUCUCUGA